GUACGUUUGUGGGGAUCUGCGUGUCGCAUUGUCAUUCUCAUAUCUCUCGUUUUAUUUACUUAAACUGAAAUCAGUAUUCUUUCUUCUGUGAUACAGCGUCAACCUUUCUACUUGGCAGCAGGCGAAUCAAAUCUCUGGAAGCAUGUCCUCUCGAAAAUGGUAUAACUUGGAAGCCCAGACAGAUGAUGCCAUCUUUGGGGGAAACGAGUCAGCAUUCUCUGCUCUCGGCUUGACCCGUACUCAACGACUGGGUGGUUUCGCAGCUUGUUUCGUUGGAGGACUGGCCAUCAGUUUAUUGGGUGCUAUUUUGCUCUUUUUGGGAGCAACUGGGGCUUUUGCCACCCUUUUCGCCGUUGGCGGUAUCAUCUCUCUCAUCGGCACCGGUUUCCUUAUUGGCUUCAAGACUCAACUUGAGAAGAUGUUUAAGCCUGUCAGAAUAGUUGCAACGGUCCUCAUGCUUGCUUCAAUCAUCAUGACGUUUGUCAGUGCAUUCGUGUUGCCGACUAUUUUGUGUAUCAUCUUUGUCAUCAUCCAGUACCUAGCAUAUUUGUGGUACUCACUUUCUUACAUCCCUUACGCUCGAACAAUGGUGAAGAAUAUGGUUGGAUGGUAACGAGAGACAGGUAAUUACGAUCAAUAUGUAGAGAAAACGUCGUACAGAUUUAACAUACUGUUAUUUAUGCGAAUGACUGAUGACAACGGUUAUA